AUGAAGUGGAUAAUUCUAACUUUAUCUAUACUAUUAAUGGGAAAGAGCCAUUGUAAUGGCCUAUCGAUAGAUUGUACACUUGGAAAGGCAGAUCUUAUAAUAGCCAUAGACACGUCAUCGAGUAUGACACAAACGAUAUUCACGUUUGAUGACGUCACGACAUUUGUUAAGGAGCUUCUUGCAACGAUAAACAUCGGUCCUGAUAACAUCAGGGUUGGUUUGAUUACGUACAGUGAUAGCGUUGACGUCAUUCUUAACCUCAACGACUACCGUUCUCUCAACCAACUGGAGGAAGUCGUCGAUGACCUUAGUCUCGGUGGAAGUUCAACUAAUGCAAAUUCGGCGAUGACCCAAAUCGAAAGAAUGCUAUCCAAUCAGAGAGGUGAUCGAAAUGACGUACGCAAUUACGUCAUCAUUAUAACUGACGGGGAGUCACGUGACGGAAGUCCGAUUGAGAAAGCUAGAGAAAUAAGGCGCAUGGGGACGACCAUUAUGGCGGUUGGACUCGGUGAUGGAGUUAAUGAGGGUCAACUACUUGCUAUGGCUAGCCCACCAGAUGAUAGCCAUGUUGUGAAGAUCACAUCUCUGGAUAGAUUGGACAUCAAAAAUCAAGAAUUAAAAUUUAUCACAACUACGCUUUGCUCGGCACGUCAAGCUUGUAAUAAUAACCUCGAUCUGAUUUUUGCAUUAGACGGUCAUUCCUCUACCACCGAACAAAACUUCAACAAAAUGAAGAAAUUUGUUAUAGAUGUGGUUCGCAACUUUCCUAUAUCCAGUACGCAUGCGCGGGUGGGUGUUAUGACAUAUGGACGGGGAACUGCAAUUAAUUUCUAUUUGAACAACUAUAGCGAUCAAGAAAAGAUCACAGAAGAGAUAGACAAGAUACAAUAUCCUGGAAGUGGAAGUCGGGACCUCGUAGACGGUUUGAGGCGUAUUCGAACCGAGAUGUUUUCCAAUACUCGCGGAAAUCGAGAUGACGCCAUCUACAAAAACGUCGGCGUUUUUAUUACAACAGGAUUGGCUGAUGAUGGCGACACAUCCGACCAAGCUAAUGAAGCAUUACAGGCCGGUAUAACACUGCUUCAUGUGGACAUUAGUGUUGGGAACCCAAGGCUGACUAUCAAUCCAUUAGCGAAGAAACCUUUCUAUAGAUACAUGUACAAUGUGACUGGGUAUGAUGCCUUAAAUACUAUCGUAGCCUCAUUAGCUGGUGAAAUAUGCAGUGCUUACCAAGGCUGCUCCACCACGGCCUACCACAUUACCCCCUACAAUAGGAACGGCAUUGUCUCUCCAAGGGUGGGGCGACUGGCGGUUAACAUGAACGGACAGUGGAACUCUGUAUGUGACGAUAGAUGGGACAAUAAAGAAGCGAGCAUAGUUUGUAAAUGCUUGUAUCCUGGAGAAACAGCAGACGAGUGGAAAUUUCUUGCUUACAAAUACCAUGAUCCAACUAUUAAUAAUACUGAACUGGCUAUUGGAUUGGAUGAGCUUAGUUGCACAGAUAGUGACGUAGACAUCCGGGGAUGUAGUCACGUGGACAGUUUAUCUCAGAACUGCAACCAAGACGAGGCUGCCGGUAUAGAUUGUAACGGAAAUGACGCACACAUUCCAGAAGUUCCAAACCCAGAAAUUGUAUGUAACUCUUCUGCGAUGGAGGUGUGUUUCAAUAUCAAUGACGUCAUACCAAGUGUCAUAGCGAUGGUAAAACAAUGCAGCAGUGUUGUUCGAAUUGAUAACGCAACCCACGCAUGCUUCAAAGUCCCACUUGGGAAGUGCGACCCUUUUAUGACAACGGAUUCAGUAAGCAAGAGGUACUGCUACACUAUUGGUCAAAGUUCUGACCAACCAGUGGGUUCGCCGAUUCUUUUCGAACAAUGGAACGUCACUUCCUGUUGUACAGUGGCUAAAAACGGAAGUGUCUCCCAGGGUUACGGUACAUAUAUCGAAGAAAAAAUAUUCAACGUUUCUGCAAAUUAUUCGUUUGAUAUGAACUGUUAUUUCAACAAUACGUUCGAAGGGGACCCGAUUCAGUUUCCAAUUACUAUUUUAACCGGCCAGGACAUCUACUGCAAGGUUUGCGUCGAGAGUCAAGACAAUUCGAUAAUGAUUGUAGUUCCCGGAUGUCAGUUACUAGGCACUGCAACAGGGCCACCAACUUACCCAUUCUUGGCUGACAAGUGCCCUAUUUCCUCUGCAUUGAACGUUGUUUAUUAUCCCAUGGCAGAGACGUGCUGGGGCUUCAAGUUUAAGUCAAUCAAGUUCCAAGGCUUUGACGAGCUUUUUGUUAAUUGUGACACAUACGCGUGUGAUAGAUUUCUUGAUAGCAAAGACUAUUGUGACAGAACGUGUCAAAGCUCUGGUUCACUUGGUCGGAAAAAACGAGAUACUAUUGAGCGCUUUAAAAGUGAUGAUGAUCGUCGUUUGAAACGAGAUGUUGAUCAAGAUGGCGAUAUCUUUACACCGUCUAGAUUCGUUAGCUUAGAGAAGGGUCCUCUAUAUGUGAAAGAUGAUGGCCUUGGAAAUAUAAUAAAAGCAGACCUCGAUGGAAUUCCUUUACAAAUUACAGGAAGGGAGCUUACAGAACAAGAAAGACUUGACUGGUUUGGUAAACAGAAUAUGUCUGAUAAGGACAGCGAUGGGCUUCAGCAUAAUACAGAUAAUCAAACAAGUAGAUCAAGUACAGUGAUUGGAAAUGCUGUUCUGCUCUUUGGUGCACUACUAUUGAUAUUACACAUUUAGCGGAAUGGAGGACAGAUUAAUGUACAAUGUACGCGACCAAACUGAAAGCGUUUACAAAAUGCCCCUUCAAAAUGAGUAAAGGUAUAUGUGAUCUUAUCCACCGAACGCAGGGUUCCAGAUGUGAUCUAAAUUAUACUGUAUUUAGUGACAUUUGCAUUGCUUAAUUUAUGGCGGAUAAUUUGUGGUCAAUGGAGCUCGAGCUAGGUUGUGAUUAUAACAUUUUUAGUGAGGAACAACUGAACAAUUCAGUAGGUAUGAAUACAGAAACGUUUUUAAUUUUUUUAUAUCCCAUCCGGAAUGUCUUAUUAGGCAUGUAUACAGGGUGGACCAAAUAUGUUAUGCAUUCUAAUUGUGCACUCAAAUAAUAAAGGUAACAUUUUUGCCCACCGUGUAAUUUGCUUUUCGCAUAAUUCAAAGAUGUGCAGUCGUGAUAAGGCCUAUCAAUAUUGAGCUCUCGAACUCACGAUGACGAUACACAUUGUAACAUAUAUGUAGACUCAAUGAAUCAUGUCAGUGUCAUCAAGUUAUGAGUAGGCUUAUACUCCGUCCUAAAACCUGUAAAUGUAAGUUUAAGAAUCACCAAAAACAAAUGUACACAAAACCGUCCAAAAUGUAAACAAACCGGUCCAAGAUAUAUUAUUCAAACCGUCCAAUUAUUUUCAAAAAUACGUUGUAUAUAUAGAGCUUAGUUAUGUAACAAAAAGUCCUGACAAACAGUCUUAACAUUGUCAAUGAUUGGUAUUGAUAUGGAGAACUGAAUUCAGCAAUGAUUUUCUCUUAAAUCAAUUAUUGAAAAAUAUCUGUAAAAAACACGGCCCUUUAUGUAAUGUUGACUGAUUGACAA